GCGACGCCUGACCUCUGAGCGCGCUGCGGGACAGCAAGGACGGCAGAACUCAGGUGUCUGGUCGUUCUUCGGUAGCGGACUUGCGGCCCUUCGUUCUUCCGAGACAGUCGGUUCACAGGGAGCAGCAUGUCACGGAAUGUGCGGGAAGUGAUGAAGUUCAUGACCAGAGCUCCAGGUUUUGAUAGAGUUUGGGAAAAGGAUCAGAGCAGCUGGCAGUCUGCACCUGAGAAAUCUGACCACUGUGGUGGAUGUGAUGGAACCUUCAGAACACCUUCCUCUGCAGGUAACUCUUGUCUCUGCUGCUCCUGAGAAAGUGAUUUGUGAAAUGAAAGUAGAAGAAGAGCACGCUAAUAAACAAGGCACUCUCCAUGGUGGUUUUACAGCCACCUUGAUAGACAGCAUAUCAACAAUGGCUCUGCUAUUCACAGAAAGAGGAGUCCCAGGAGUUAGUGUUGACAUGAACAUAACGUACAUGUCACCUGCUAAAAUAGGAGAAGAAAUAGUAAUUACAGCAAAUAUUCUGAAGCAGGGAAAGACACUUGCGUUUGCUUCUGUGGAUGUGACCAACAAGGCCACAGGAAAACUAAUAGCACAAGGAAGACACACAAAACACCUGGGAAACUGAGUGAACAGCAGGUGGAAACGAAGCCAAUAGCGAACAUCAACUGUAAAUUUGAUUUGAACAAAAUCAAAAUAAAUGAGCAGAAUCAGAA